ACAGAAUUUCGACGACCAAUUGAUCAAAUCAAAAUGUCUGCGUUCGAUAACGUGGUUGUAGGGAAGCUGAAGCUGAAAGGCAAAGCCUUGGACGUCAAAGGCGGUGCGAUUUCGAAGAAAAAGAAGAAGAAGAAACAGAGCGCAUUUUAUCACCAAUUGUCUGAGGCCUCCACAGGUGGAGAAGCAGUGACAGAUGAUGCUGAGAACGAAGGCGGCAUUGGCACGAUGCAGGCUGCUGCUUCUGCUUAUGGUCAUCUGACACCGGCGGAGAGGCGGUACCUCGAGCAGACAGAGAGGAUUCAACGCCAGAGGCUUUCCAAGAUUGCUCGAAAAUCGCACCGCGAUCGGGUUCAGGAAUUCAAUCAGUAUCUGGCUAAUCUGAGUGAGCAUUAUGACAUUCCUAAAGUAGGCCCUGGUUAACAACAGCAUCGUGUUCUUCAUUUUUGUCAAUCAGGUGGAUAUAAAACUUUGUUUCUUGGAAUUGUGUUCUAUUGCUUGGGCCUCGAGAAAGUGUUUAGUUUUUUCCGACCUAUUGCUUUAUGAGUUCAAACUCGUUGCCACUUUCUGUCAA